UUCCCCAGAUCUACACUGACUGUGACUCCAGACAGUCCUGUAUUCACUGGAGAGACAGUCAAUCUAAAGUGUGAGAUUGAGUCUGAUCACAGUAACUGGAGAUAUGAGUGGUAUAAAGACACAGACAGUGUAAUGUUACAGACGUUUGAUCGUCACACUGUAAACAGAGACACUCUCACUAUCAGAGGAAUGAUUCCAUCUGAUCAGGGUCAGUACUGGUGUAGAGGACAGAUAAGAUCAGUCUCAUCUCAAUCAAGCUCUGCUGUUUAUCUCUCUACGAAGGAUCUGAAGCCAAAGCCUGAACUCACAUCAGAUCCUGAAGGAGCUGCACUGACAGGAAACACAGUGACUUUGAUCUGUCACAUGAAUCCAGCCACUGGAUGGGACUUUUACUGGUACAAACACACACUGCACUCAGAGACGAAGACACAAACAAACUCCUACAGAGUGAAGAUUGAUUCAGUGUCUGCUGGAGGCCAGUACUGGUGUAGAGCUGGAAGAGGGAAACCAGUCUACUACACACAAUACAGUGAUGCACUGUGGGUAAAUGUUACAGUGAGUCCUAAAGCUGUGGUGACGGUUCGACCUGAUGAACAAGUGUUCAGAGGAGAAACAGUCGCUCUCAGAUGUGAUAUAAAGUGGGGAGGAGACACUGAGUGGACGUACAGAUGGGAAACAGAGGGAACAAACUACCAAAAUAACUCAAUCUCAACACAAGAGCUGAACAUCAGCAGUGUUAAAGACUCUCACAGCGGUAAAUACAUCUGUAGAGGAGAGAUGGGAACACAACACUCUCAGCGCAGUGAUGCUGUUACACUGACUGUAUCAGCUGAAGCUCAGGCAGCAGUGCGAGUGUCUCCACAGCCGUGGCUGACUGAAGGAGACUCAGUGACUCUGAUCUGUGAGGUUACAGGCUCCUCUACAGGCUGGACGUUCAGCUGGUUCAGAGAUGAUGAUCGUCUGUCAGACAGCAGCAGAGGAGCUGGAGGCUCUUACACUCUCAGUCCUGCUGCUCUACAGCACACAGGAGUUUAUACAUGCAGAGCAGAGAGAGGACGACCAGCCUAUUACACAAACUACAGUAACACACAGAUACUGUGGAUCACUGGUCAGGGGUCGCAGGUCUCUCUGGUGGUCCGUCCCAGCAGAAGUCAACACUUCUCGUCUGACUCUCUCUCUCUGAGCUGUGAGGAUCAGAUGAACUCUGCUGGAUGGACAGUGAGAAGAUACACAGACAGAAACAUAGAAGAUUGUUCAAAACAAACAGGAUCUACAUGUCGACUCGUCUCUCUCAGCACAUCUGACUCUGGAGUUUACUGGUGUCAGUCUGAAUCUGGAGAGAAACGUCAUCCUCUCAACAUCACUGUACACGACGGUGAUGUGAUUCUGGAGAGUUCUGUUGAUCCUGUGAUUGAGGGAGAUACUCUGACUCUACACUGUUUACAUCGAUCUACAAACUCCUCGAUCCUCAGAGCUGAUUUCUAUAAAGACGGAUCCCUCGUCCAGAGUCAGACGACAGGAGAGAUGAGCAUCAUGAAUGUCUCAGAGUCAGAUGAGGGUUUCUACUACUGUAAAACAGAGAGAGGAGAGUCACUCCACAGCUGGAUCUCAGUCAGAGUCUCAGACUCUUCAUCUUCUCUUCUGGUCACUGCUGUGGUUGUGGGAUCGAGUGUUUUCUUGUUGAUCUUCAUCUCUCUGCUGCUGCUGUGGAGAUACAAGAAGAACAAAGGUCUCUGAGUGCAGUGAAGACAACAGACGGCUAAAAGAGAUUCACAGCAGCAGACACAGUGACGCUUGCAUUGCUUCAGAAAUGAAUCUGAGUGAACUGCUUACACACGUGCUUGAUUCAGUUACUUUAGAGAUACAUAUACACUGUAUUAUCUGUACGCAUGAGAGCAAACAAAUCUAUCAAUAAUAUAUAGUAAAACACUUUUACCAGUGAGCACUGUUGUUUAACACAAUUCAUAACUUAAAGUUAUCACAGCAUUUAAAUUGUUCAAAAUAAAGAAUAAAUAGUAUAAAAUGAUAAAGUGUAACUAGCCCUUUGUUGAUAGUUACAAAUUAAUGCUUGUG